AUGGCACUCCUACCACGUCUAGCACAUUCCUUCGGAGGACCAACACCACACGAAUUCCGGCCGUUCCUGAGUCUGUUUAACGACACAUUCAACGAGCUGCAGAAGAUCUCGGACACGGCAGGCAAGACCUUUGCGCCGAAAUUCGACGUGCGUGAGCUCGAAGACAGAUAUCUCCUCGAAGGCGAGCUGCCCGGGAUUGCGCAGAAGGAUAUUGCAAUUGAGUUCCUCGACGGCCAGACUCUAACCAUCAAGGGUCGCACAGAGCAUUACAGGAAGGAAGGUCCAGAAUCGUCCGGCGGCGAAAACGGUGGUGUAACUCAGGCUGCUUCGAGUGAUAAUGCGGGCACCGAGGGUUCCUCGACCAAAGCCGAUAGCAAGCAAGUCGCAGCAACGAACGGUGGGUCCCAGGAGGUUUCGAAGCGCGACCCCAAACACACCUACUGGAUUACGGAGCGCAGUGUGGGUGAGUUCGCGCGUAGCUUUGCUUUCCCGAACCGUGUCGACCAGGAUCAGGUGAAAGCAAGCUUGAAAGAUGGCAUUCUCAGUGUGGUGGUGCCGAAGCUGCAGAAGAACAAAGAGACCAGGAAGAUCCAGAUUGAAUAG